CUUAAUUAAUUUCUGUCUGCAUCUCAGCUCCAAAUAGACGGCACCCCUCUGUCAUCUUCUGAGCUGGCGGUCUUACCUAAAUCUAGACAAUUGGUUGGUCAGAUUUCCUUCACUUCUCAACAACAUGGUAUGGCACCUGAUCAGGGCGGUUUGGAAGUGUCCAGUGGAGGCGGAGACAUGACUGACAGUGUGACUGCAAGCAUGUCAGGAGUGACCCAAGGCCGAAAGAGAAAACACAAAAACAAAGUGAAAGUAAGGCGAGCCAGCAUUUCAGAGCCUAGUGACACGGACCAUGAGCUUACAGGACGGUCUGCUGUACAGGAUAUCAUCCUACCACAUCAGAAGGACAUUGAGAGAAUGGACAGCUUUCGAGAACAGCUGGGAGAGGACUGGCUACGUUACCAGCAUCACCUUGAUGAUACUCCAAUCCACCCAGCUUUCCCAAAAGUAGACAAAGUUACCAUUCAAGUGAAUGCCAACUGCUGUACCCCACCAACUAACACACAGCCAACAAAUCUGGAGUUUCUCCCCCCUCCACUGCUGUCCUCCGAACUGAAAGAGCAGGAGGACAAUGAAGAGAUGGAGAGCACAGACCUGCAGCCUGACACAGAGUCCACCCUGCAAUGGACAGGCCAAAGUCCCCCGGACACCGAAUCGACUCUGGAGACAAGUCUAGGAAACACUCAGACUCCAACUGAGGCCUGCACUGACCCUCAACCACCACAAGAUCAGGAAGACGACGACAGGGGAGUGGAUUUGUGUAGGCCGGUGCUGGUUGGGCUACUAUUAGAAGAUGUGGAGACAGAUGAGAAAAUGGUCUCUGAGCCGCUAUUCCUGCGAGUGCGCCAGUGCCACCUGCUGGAGGUAGACAUGCACCGGGGGUGUGUUAAAACACGAGUGGAGCUAGACAGCUUGCAAAAGGUCAUGGCCACUCAGGUCACCUGCAACGUGAAGAAGGAGAAGAUGACUCACCCAGGCUUGGAGCUCCACUUCCGGUACAUCAGUCGUGAGAGACAAAAACGUUGCUACAUAAUGCUGGAUGACAAGCCACAGGAGGAAUUAAAGGUCAGCAGGAAUACUUAUCAUGUGACAUUCAGGCAAUGUUUCUAGACUUUUUCCUAAUGC